GGAGGAAUCUGACCCUGAAUAAAUUGUGCACGUAGACAUUUCUCAGCUACGAUGAUGGAGCACCACGGACCUGUGACGGGCAGUCAUUCUGUGACGGGCAGUCAUUCUGUGACGAGUAACCUGGAGAAGUCACCCAAUAAGAUGGGCCACUUUCGCAACAAUAGCACAGGCUCUUCCCGUCACUCCCGACAGAACUCCAGGGACUGGGAGGUUGUGGCUGAUAUCCAGGCCGGCACAGCUGCAGCAGGCGCAGCAUCAUGCAUGGAGAAUUGUGUUCCCGGCAUUUGCGAGGGAUAUCUGAUGAAAAAGAGGAAGUAUCCACUUAAGGGUUGGCACAAGAGAUACUUUUUGUUGGAAAAGGGGAUUCUCAAAUAUUCCAAAACUCAACUAGACCUCCUGAAGAAGAAGACGCACGGCACUCUGGAUGUCAGCCUGGCUGUCAUGUCCGUGAACAAGAAGUCCAGACGCAUUGACCUGGAUGCAGGAGAUAACCUGUAUCACCUUAAGGCAAAGAGUGAUGAAAUAUUUUACAUUUGGAUGACCAAACUGACCGCCCAUCGGAUCUACAAGAAAAAUGAGGCCAUAUCUGUCCAUCAGGGGGUGCUGCAGGCUCUCACGGCGGGAAAUGACAACCCUCUGCCUGCAGUGGCCUGUCUGGCCCAGAGGAACAGGGCAAUGUGGGAAAUGAAUGUGCCACAGUACCAGAGCACUGGCUCAAUAUACCAGGCUCCUGUGCUGGGCUCCCCCUCCCUGGCCUCAUCGCGGGUGAACAGCAAGGUCUCAGCCUGGCUUCAGCAGACCCAGGAGACCCAUGCAUGUCAACAAGAUCUGGCCCACUGUGAGCAGGACCUGGCAGAGCUUAAUUCUCUGAUCCAGAAGCUGCACUGCCUGGAGGGGGACCUUCCUAUCACCAACACAGACCUGGCACAGCGUAUAAACAUGCAGAAUCUAACUCUGGAGAAGCCGAAGAAGAAGGUUGGGAGGAGCUGGGGCCACACGCGCACGCUCUCCCACGGCAUGCUGUAUGCGAGUCAUUUGGGCACGCCAGCCGGCCUGGGUGCCUCGCUACAAUCCAUCCCUGACUACGUUUACAGCCAGCUUUCCACACCGGGCCUCACCUCACCAGAGGGCAAGAAGCUUCAGCAGGACAUCUGUACUGUGGCCCAGAGGGUGUACUCCUCGCUGAAAUCCAUCCAGAAGGCUCUGGCCAUGGAGCGAGAGCGUCUCAGACAGGCCUGGACCGGUCCGGAUAUCCGGCAGUCCACUUCAGACCAGCUAGCCUCACUCUGCACCACGCUCUCUGAGCUCGAGCUGCAGUCCCGUCUAACCAAGGUCCACUCCCUCUCCUUGUCUUCUGACUCUACUGACGAGUCUUUCUGCACCGUACAGCAGGACCAGCCAUCCACCCCAUUGCAGGGGUGGCGCACACACGGCAGGCUUUCCAGGGCCGAGUCCAUGGCUGAAUACUUCGAUGCUAGCGAGGUGGUUGUGACCGAAAGCCUGUCAGAAAACGAGGCCUCGGAUGAGUCUGGCCUCAGUGAUGUCACAACGAGCAACUCCGAACCUGAGGAGGGACAUGCCACUGUGAAUUUAAAGUACCGAGCAAGUGUGUCCAAUGCACCCGACGUGCCCUCCCGUGUGCCCAGAGACACAGGCCGGCGCACAGCAAUGCCCGGACGUUGUGCUGACAAUAGCCACAUUGGUAUCCUCUCCAUCCUGUACAACAACAUUGGGAAGGACCUGUCACGCGUGUCCAUGCCUGUGGUGCUGAACGAGCCCCUCAACUUCCUGCAGCGUGUCAGCGAGGAGCUGGAGUACUCGGAGCUGCUAGACAUUGCUAACCGCACGGACGACCCCUACCAGAGGAUGGUUUACGUGGCCGUCUUCUCAAUCUCCGGCUAUGCCUGGGCCUCUUGGCGUUACCGGUACAAACCCUUCAACCCAGUGCUCGGGGAGACGUACGAGAGUAGCCGGGAGGACCGUGGCUUCCGCUACGUAGCCGAGCAGGUGAGUCAUCAUCCUCCUGUUUCUGCCUGCCAUGCAGAAUCUGAAAACUUCACAUUUUGGCAAGAUCAAAGAUGGAAGAAUAAGUUUUGGGGAAAGUCUGUGGAAAUUGUGUCUACAGGAAUGGUGAACGUCACCCUGCCAAGGUAUGGGGACCACUAUGAGUGGAAUAAAGCAGUGACAUGCAUCCACAGUGUCUUCAGUCAGCAGCGCUGGCUUGAGCACUAUGGCGACGUCGUGAUCCGCAACCUGAACAGUGACGAGUGCACCUGCAAGAUCACCUUUGUUAAGUCCCGUUAUGGUGGAGGGGAGAGCAGCAAGAAUGAAGUGCAGGGUAUCGUUCUCAACCAGGCAGGCAAUGUUGUGCAUCGCUUUGGUGGCUCGUGGCAUGAGGGCAUCUUCUGCGACACUCUGCCAAGUCCACAGUGCCUCUGGAAGCCAAAUGAACAGCCUGAAGAUCACUUUGAGUACUAUGGCUUCUCACGUUAUGCUAGGGAGCUGAAUGAGCUGACGCCUGAACUUGAGAAGCUACUGCCUCCUACAGACACCCGCUUCCGCCCAGACCAGAGACUUCUUGAAGAGGGCAAAGUAGCUGAAGCCGAUAAGCGUAAGGAUGAGGUGGAGGAGAAACAGAGAGAGCGAAGGAAGGAGCUGGCUAAGCGAGGAGAGGAACACGUUCCUCGCUUUUUCAGAAAAACAGUGGAUGAAGCUGGAAGGGAAGUCUGGGUAAGCAAUGGAACUUACUGGAAGAUCAGAGAACAACCUGGAUUUGCAAACACCAGCAAUCUGGAUUUGUGGUGAC